CCACGUCCAAGAUAUUGCGAUUUGACCAUUAUCAGGAACCUCUGUGCGCUCGAAUUGAUCGCGCAUUAUCCCUAUCGACUUGUACUGCACAUCCGACAUCAAUAGCAAGAUGGGCAAGAAGCGGCGCGGUCACGCUGACAUCGAGGAGGUCCUCAACCGACCCUGGUGCUACUACUGCGAGCGUGAUUUCGAAGAUCUCAAGCUUCUCAUCUCUCACCAGAAGGCAAAGCACUUCAAAUGCGACCGCUGUGGUCGUCGUCUCAACACAGCAGGAGGUCUCUCCGUGCACAUGAACCAAGUCCACAAGGAAAACCUCACACAGGUCGAGAACGCGCUUCCUAGCAGACAGGGUCUUGAGGUGGAAAUUUUUGGCAUGGAGGGUAUCCCCCAGGACAUGCUCGACCAGCACCGCAACCGCAUCCUACAGAACUUCCAGCAGGCGCAGAAAGAUAGACAGAUCGCGACGGGAAACCCGCUGCCGGGACAGGGACAUGCGCAGAAGAAGAUCAAGACUGAGUCGCCGGAGGAGUUGAAGCAGAGAUUGGCUGAGUUUCGGAAGAGGAAGAAGGAGAUUGCUGCCAAUGGAGGUGUUGAUCCCGCUGCGGCUGCGAAUACCGAGACACAACCGCAAGCUCCUUUCAACGGCUCUUACCAGACCCCUCCCCAAGUAUCCUUCGACCAACAACAAGGCUACCCCGUACAGCCUCCCAACCCAGCCCAACCCUACACCUUCUCCGCCAACAACCUCCCUGCACGUCCAUCAUCUGGUGCGCUACCCGCGGCUGCUGGCCUACCUCAGCGACCGACACAAGGCGGAUCUUGGAGCGGUGGUGCCGCUGGCGACGAUAUUGAUCAGAUGAUCCGUAUGGCCGAGGCGGGUAUCAAGCCAGCGGCGACUAAGGCUGAGGAAGAAGGUGGCGACAAGAAGAAGAAGGAGAAGAAGGCCAGGAUGUUCUACGAUGAUGCGGAGGUUAGUCCUGAGGAGAGGAUGUCGAUGCUGCCACGGUAUGCGUUUGUACCGGAGACCGUGAGUUAGUGGGGAUGAAUGUCGUCACUAUCUUUUGUGAAUUGGGAAGUUUUUGUUGCAUGGUAGGCGUUAGGUUGUAAACUAAAUGGUAAAUUGAUGGUGAUUCUUUUACUGGGAGA